AUGAGCGGCGCUUGCACGAGCUACGUGAGCGCGGAGCAGGAGGUGGUGCGCGGCUUCAGCUGCCCGCGGCCGGGGGGCGAGGCGGCCGCCGUCUUCUGCUGCGGCUUCCGCGACCACAAGUACUGCUGCGACGACCCGCACAGCUUCUUCCCCUACGAGCACAGCUACAUGUGGUGGCUCAGCAUUGGCGCCCUUGUGGGCCUGUCCAUAGCAGCCGUGGUUCUCCUGGCCUUCAUUGUCACCGCCUGUGUGCUUUGUUACCUGUUCAUCAGCUCUAAGCCCCACACGAAGUUGGACCCAGGCUUACACCUCCAGCCUCCAGACCCCAAGGAAGAAGCGCCCCUUGGCUGCCAAGGUGGAAACGCAGGCAAUUCAAUGGAGGUGCCAGGAGUGAGCAUUCUCCGACAGAAUCACCCCUUCCUGAACCCACGACUAGACUACAAUGAAGAGCAGGCUGUGGACCCCAAACGCCUGCUCCAGCACUGCUUCAUGGCCACAGUGACUGCCAGUGACAUCCCAGGCAGCCCUCAGGAGGCCCCUAUCCCAAAUCUAGACCCACGUGGACCAACACCAUAAACAUCCAAUAAAUGUCUCAACACCAA